AAUCUCAACCGCUCCCAGAGAGAGAGGUACUACUUCACUUGUGGACGUGGGGCAAAGACACACACUAAAGUAGGACGAAAUAGCAACGGGGAAAAAAACAAAACGAGGAAGGGAAUAUUAUUCAUUUCACUAAAAAGACAACUCUUGAAUACAUCAUUUUGCACCACGGGAGAACUGCUGAUUUCCUCCCUAAAAGGGAGAGGUGCUGAUUUCAACAGACAAAUCGUGUGAGUAAACUAACAAAAAUUUUUUUUUUUUUUUUUGAACUCUCCCCUCUGCUUUAAAUUCUAUCUGGAUUUGAUACAGUCGUCAGCAGUUUGCUUUGUUUGUUGUUGUUGUUUUUUUUUGUUGUUUUUUUUUGUUGUUUUUUUGGGGAGGGGGGGGGGUAUUUUUUCUAUCUGGAUAUGAUACAGUCGUCAGCAGUUUGCUUUGCUUGUUGUGGGUGUUUUUUUUUUUUGUUGUUUUUUUUUUUUUUUGUUUUGUUUUUUUUUUUUUUUUUUUUUUUUUUUUUUUUUUUUUUUUUUUUUUUUUUUUUUUUUUUUUUUUUUUUUUUUUUUUUUUUUUGGGGUGGGGGGAUUUUUUCGGUAAGUACAAUUUGUGUUAAACGUAACAGCACUGAAACUGCCGCGUCUUGAGCGCGUACGUGUGUGCCAUGCGUCAACGGUGCAUAGCUGCGGCCGCCUACGUGUGCCCUGAGGUGUCGAGGAUGUUGUGUUUCUAUUAUUAGUCUCACUACGGCGACUACGGAGGACAUUUUUUUAUUUUUAUUUUGUAUAGUUGAUCAUCAUUGUCGCUUGAAUUUAAUUGAUUAAGUCAGUGGGUCUCAAACCUUCCUCAUGCCGCGACGCUUNCCCCCCCAACCAUUGAAUUAUUGUCGUUUUUACUUCAGAAAUAUGCGUUUUCCGAGGGUCUUAGGUGACCUUUGGGUAAGGGUCAUUCGACCCCCCCCCCAAAAAAAAGGGGUCGCGACCCAUAGGUCGAGAACUGCUGGGUUCGUGUUUUAACAAAGAUGGCAGAAAAGUACUAAGAUAUCUUUUUAAGAAGACGGCACCAAGUAACACAGUGUAUCGUGUCAGUGAGCGGAAGAGGCAGUCUGAUCGGCCAGUAAGUUUUUCUAUAGUGAGAAUCAUUCCCGUGUCCCCCCCCCCUCCCCCUUAUGAACUUUACAGAGGAACAUCCUACAAACUGAACAUCUGCAAAACGUCCGCUCAACAAUUUUUGUUUAAGGACAUUUUUGUGUCCGAUGCAUGUUGGAUGACGCUGGAAGGAGUCAGAGAUGCGGAGCCGGGAUGAUGCAUUGGGGAAAUGUCUGCGCUGUGUACUCGGUUCCAGCUUGUUUUUUUUAUAGCAAUAAGUGGUUCUGAGGCGGAACUCGCAGUCGUUUAGAGGUCGAUCAGACUUUACCUUCCUGUGACAGAGCACUCUGCCCUUGACAGAGUACCCUGCCCUUGACAGAGUACCCUGCCCUUGACAGAGUUCUCUUCUAGAACCGCGUUGCUUAACGUUUAUUUUCUCCUCUUAAUAUCUCUUCAAAUUUUUAUUUAAGCAUUUAGAAAAAAACAACAACAAAAAAACAACACAAAACAACCCGGUCAUCCUUUGCGUUCACUAAAGAAUGAGAAAAAUUAUAGCUCAAUUAUGAAUACUUUUUCAUUCGGGAGAGACCCGAUUCGAACAAAAACUUUAUAGUCCCUUUCCCUUCUAUAGUCACGUGGUAAUUGUACCUAUACACCGUUGACACACGCAAGUACGCAUCAAAGACGCGGGAGUUUCUGUACUGCUCGUUUUUGCGCACGCUGCAGUCAUUAAAAAAAAUAAAUAAUUGAUGACUAACUCCAUGAUUUCUGUUGGUGACUGAUGACGCUAAAUGACUAAACUCGUUGGAUGGACUAAUUUUUAUUAAAUGACUAAACGCUGCUUGGGGUUGACCUGACAUGCUAAAACCACGUGACUUAAAGUUUGGGAGCGACUGGUUAUCUUUUUAUUCUUUGCCUUUCCAAAUCCCAGUUGAACAAGCCUUCCGGUCUCUAGCUCUAUUCUCGAACACAGGCCUGCACAAAAUAUGGGCCGCCAGCCCCCACUUUCUGGCCCGAAAAGUAACGAAAUAUUCUUUAUUAUUAUUAUUUUCUUAAUAGCUUCCCUCCCACCCCCCCCCCCGCCCACAAUCCUAUUUUCUUUCGGCCCGCACAAGUUUUUCAUAAAAGUAUUACGGCCCGCCUUACAUUUUGAGUUGUGCAGGCCUGCUCUAACACUUUCCAACUCCCAGUUGAAGAAAUGCCAUAAAAAAAUUUAUUUGCAAGCCUUCCGGUCUCUAGCUAUCUUCUCUAACUCUUUCCAACUCUUUUAAACCUUUACAACAUCUUUGUCGACAUCCCUUCACCAGGAUAUGGUGGGGUCUUCCUAGUCUAACUGAUCCUUUAAGGUUCCUUACCAUUGUUAUUAUAUUAAGUGACUUAACGGUGGCGAGUGACCGAUAUAUAACUUGACUAAGAAUUUCUGAGUUACUGAUAUAUUUUAUAACUUCAAUGUUAGUAUGACUGCUAUAUGCGACUUUGUCAAUGUAAUCCCUAACUGCAGUCAUGACCUAGAUGGCAUAAAAGACCAUAGUUCUAGUCAAGUUCACUGUGACCAUUUAGCUGGCCCAAAUUUCACCCAGUCUCACAAAGCUGCACUACAAUGAAUUCAGUUUGGUACAAGAGAAGGGGAAGUUAUACGUCGGGCAACACUUUUAUAGAAGCCCAGCAAAAUUAAAGGUGAUCAAUGAGAUGGAAGAUUCACAACAAAAUAACAGGGAUACUUUAAGAUAGAGGAGGCAUAACACAAACGACGCUUGGAUUUUCAAUGUGUCUCACGCACUACAAAAUUAUUUUUGUAGUUGCAUCCAGAUAGGGGCACUACAAUAUGUUUUUUAGCUUCACUAAUAGAGGGGCACUGCAAAAUAAAUUUGGACGCUACAUUCAGAUAGGGACACUGCAAACUAUUUUGGUAGAUACACUCAGAGGGGUGGGGGGGCACUGCAAACACGCGCAUUGAUAUUGAGCUUCUUCUUUUUGGUAGAAACCUGCUUUUAAGUAGGUCAUGUACCCGAAGACCCCUUUAAGUAGGUCAUGUACCAGGAGACCUCUUUAAGUAGGUCAUAUACCCGAAGACCCCUUUAAGUAGGUCAUGUACCCGAAGACCCCUUUAAGUAAGUCAUGUACCCGAAGACCCCUUUAAGUAGGUCAUGUACCCGAAGGCCCCUUUAAGUAGGUCAUGUGCCCGAAGACCCCUUUAAGUAGGUCAUGUGUCUGAAGACCCCUUUAAGUAGGUCAUGUACCCGAAGACCCCUUUAAGUAGGUCAUGUGUCCGAAGACCCCUCUCGAUUUCGCACUAACACACAGCCACAUGUUCAUGACGUAUCAUACAGCUAGGUCCACAGAAACUGUAUCACGUAACAAAAUCUCGCAAUCAUUCGCGAUAAAUCCACACAAACAACGCAAAUACAGUAUUUUAUUUCGGGGCUAUUUCUAUCUUGAAACUCCUCUUACAGUUUCUUAAAGUGGUCAGUUAACUGUGACCCGUGAUAACAAACGCACAUCAUGUCGAAAGAGAUGUACCUAGCAGCACUUGUAAGUUAACCCAAAUUUUAUUCUUUUUUAAGCUUGUGUAAAAAGUGGAUUUUUAAAGCAAAAUUUUGAUUACUCAAAGGUAAUGGAUUGAUUUUUAAAAAAAUGAAGAAAAAUCGCAGUUGUAUUUAACGAUUAUAGAUUAAGGGUAGAGGGUGGGAAUAAGGGGGUGGGAGGGUGCAGCCCUUUUCAGAACAUUCUUGAAAUAUUUGUCUCCCUUCAAGAAACUCUUCGACAGAGAAACGUACGGCUUCCCUAGCAACAAGAGCGUCUAUGACGUAGAAGGUCGUGAACUCAAGUUGUGGUCCUACGAUGACAAACUGGUGCCACCGUUUGGUGACAGGGGACUGAAGCAGAUGAGAGACCUUGAACUUCGGGAUGACGACAUCCUUUUGUGCGGCUACCCCAAAACAGGUGAGUCUUUUGUGACCAUUGUGUCCGUAGAGCUAUUUUGGUUAGUACGGCCCUGGUACCCUAAGCAACUGCGUAGUCUGCUGAAUGGUUAACACGGCCCUGGUACCCUAGGCAAAUGCUUAGUCUGCUGAAUGGUUAACACGGCCCUGGUACUCUAGGCAAAUGCGUAGUCUGCUGAUUGGUUAAUACGGCCCUGGUACCCAAACUAAGUACAUUGUCAGCUUAAUGGUUAACACGGCCCUGUCCUCGCUUCUAACUCGCCUUUCACUCGCCCGUCGCUUCUUUAGGCUGCCACUGGACGUGGGAGGUCCUCAGCAUGAUAUCCAGGAGAGAGGCUCAGCUUUCUACAGAAGGAAAGGACCUGGCGUUCUUGGAGAUCGGUCCAGGUCAGCUGAUGGAAGGGCUUCCCUCACCUCGUGUCCUCAACUCUCACAUGUGGUUCAACUACCUACCCAAACAGGUGGGUAUUCGUCCUUAGAACCCAAAAUUCAACUGACCUAGUUCCUGUGUAAAUGAAACAGACCCAGUAAAUAUUUGUCAGAAGCUCAUUAGAGCACAUGGCCAGGUAUGAGUUAGAAAAGUAAUUUUAAGUUCCUGUGACCAACUUUAUGUCAAGAUAUUACUUUAGCUGAUAUUUAUUGAUACAAAAUAAUACAUAUAAAAAUAAGUCCAAAUUGACAAGGUAUACAUUUAUUUAGUUAGUUAUCAACUGAGGCCACCAACCAAGCCAGUAUUGGCAGAUCAAGCUAAUUAUUAAUAAAAUAAAACUAUUUUUACCAACUUAUCCUUUUAGAUAUCCGCCAAGAAGACCAAGAUUAUCCUGACAGUAAGAAACCCCAAGGACACCGCUGUCUCCUUCUACAACCAUCAUAUGGCUAUCAAGACCAUGUAUAUCUAUGACGGACCUUUCAAGGACUGGUUUCAGCUUUACAUGGACGGACGAGGUUAGAGGCUCAUUUCUCUUUAAGUCCCACACAUCGCUCUAAUUUAAUCAAGGAACCAGGAAACACAUGGACUGCAAAGAUAAAAUGAAGCGAACUAAAAAAUGCAUAUGUCUGCUCGAUGGGUGUGCCUGGGAAGAGCCAGUGCUCGUCCAGGUGGGUUGUUAAAAUUUCAUUUGGUCGUCCGUUGUCUACAAUCAAAGGGACUCAUGCUGGCCCAAAUCACAGGCGUGUCACAGGCCUGUCAAUUAUGUAUCGUCAGCUUUUAAUAAAAAGUAAUAAGCAUCGAUUUAAAAUGAAUUUUAAAAAAAAGAAUUCUAUCAAAUUUUAUCGUACAAACUUUAUUAUACUACUGUACAGAUUAAGACGUUAUUUGGUCUUGUAGUCUGCUUAAUCACAGAAAUAGCCUUCAGUAUUCGAAUUUUCUAUUAAUUUUUUCAUUCCUUUAUGUGAGACACUGAAAACUAUGAAAACAAUCCCAUAUCUUUCUUCUACCGUCUGUCUAUCUCUCUCCAUCUCACUGUCUACCUCUCUAUAAGCACCAGCUUGGGUCUUUUCAGAGCAAUAGUUUAUUUAUUAUUUGAAUCUAAAUUCUUCAAUAUAAAAUAAUUUGACGCUUGAAUAAACAAUUUCACAUACCUUUUAUUUUGCCUCAUUAUUAAUCGGACUAGGUGUUUAUUCCGAGGGCCGUGUUUCCAUAGAUAUGAGCAGACAACCUGAAUUGAGACUAGAGUAUAUAGAGAUAUAAAUACAACUUCACAUACCUUUUAUUUGGACUCAUUAUUUAUCACCUGUCUACGUAUUUUAUCUGAGGGCUCCAUUUCUAUAAAUAUUAGCGAACAAAGUGAAUUGUGACUAGAAUAAAUAAAUAAAUAAAUAUAUAUACAUAUACACAAACACAUAUAAAAGUGAAAUUUUGUGGGUUUGUGGGUUUGUUCCAAAAGGGCUUUUACAUGGAUUGAUGGAUUUUGACCAAACUUUGUACAUAUAUCCAUCAUGAUCCAGAAAGAAAUCUUAAGGGAUUGUGAACUUUUUAUAACGUUGCGUUUGGGGCCGGGGGCCCCGAAUUUUUUUUCCAAAUAUGAACUAUAUAAAAAUAAUUAGAAACAAAUACACAUAUACUUUAUUAUCCAUGUAUACCGAAGGGUACUGAACUCAUAGUAUUCAUUUCUCUGGGACGGGGGGGGGGGGGUUAAUUUUUCCUUAUAUAAGCUAUAUAAAUAUCAGUAGGCUUAGACAACACUAUAGUUUUUAUGUGAAUUGAUGGAUAUAGGCCUAGCGUUGUAGCAAUACACGUCAUUGGCCGUAUCGAUAUAUCGGUGGAUUUAAAACUAAUAAUAUGCAAUCUAGAAUUUUCCAGAAACUUGCAUAAUUUCAAAAAGCUCUAUCUAUGGCAUUUUUAAGUAGAUUUUUAUGGGACAAAUUUUAAAUUUUAACUUUAUUAUUUAUCUGUCUGGUUUUAUAGGGCCCCCUUAGCUCAGGUAUAACUAUAUCGGUACUGUUAAGGAAUGGGCCCCCGGGGCCCCUCGAUUAACUUAAAAGAAAAAGGAUUAUAAUUAUGGCAUUUGUUGAAGAUUUUGAUCGCAUUUGAAAAAAUAAUUAGAUAAGUAACUUUUACACAUGUUUCGAGCAGGUUAUUAAAUUUAAUCUAUAAUAUUCCAGAAAGUUCUAAGUUGUUACAAGGGGAUAUAUAGUGGGAUCUACGGGAAUAUUGAAAUGUUCGUUCUAUUUAUUUAUAUACUGCCCCCGGGGUUUACUGUUCUCUCAGUAACACUGAGUAAUUUUUUAUAUUCGGAAUAGAAACAAAGGGGUCGGGAUCCCAUCAUAAUCUUUAUCCCAAUGGGAUCAGGAACCCAGCAGUAAACGGGAUUCCACCGGGAUCGGGAUCCUAACCUUGAAUGGAUCCAACCGGGAUCGGGAUCACACCGGCAAAUGGGACUUCACCGAGAUCGGUGUCAGAAUGGGAUCGGGGGUCACACCAGGAUUGGGUCCUACUGUAAUCCCGGGCCACGCCGGGUAUAUAGGCUAGUAUAAAUAUAUAUACACAUCCGUCUGUACUCGUAAAAAAAUGACGGACGUUAAUAAUUUUCUAAAAAAUGAAAUCAAUUGAUUUUAUAAGGAUAUAAUGGCACUUACCCAGAUACACCGCUGUUCCAAAGGUUGUCUCUAAUGUGAACACUUAAAACAUUGGUUUGCUAGCAAAGUGAGUCCCAGGUCGUUUUAAUUAAAAGCUACUUUAAUAUUCUGAAAAAUGCAGCCACGAUACCAAAAUUCGUAUGUCCCAGCCUUUGCUCAAAUAGAACAUGCACAUGUGCAAAGUGGUUUAUGUCCAACAGCUGGCUUAAUCGGCCCCUGGAUAUUUCUUGUUCCCAGUGGAUUACGGCGACUACUUUAACUAUUACAAGGAUUGGGACCACGUGAUCAAGUCCAACCCUGACCAUCCUCUACUUGUGGUGCGUUUUGAAGACAUGAAAAAGGUAAUAUGUGUGUUUUUUUUUUAUUAUACUACCCAAUGGAAGAGGUAAUGAACAACAAAUUUGAGGAUUCAGAACUUCCUUUUUUUUCCCCCUCACAGUACCAGAUGUAAUAUUUUGAUGACACCUGGGAUGAAUGAAAAAGUAAUAAACAGUACGAUGCCGGCAAAACUGGGUUCAGAGAAAAUGCGACCAAAAAAAUGUGAAACAAAAUAAACGACUUUUUCCAGUUAGCGGUCGAUAUGGAACACAUGCUUGACUCCAGCUCAGAAAGACAGAAAGAGAACUUUUUAAAAAUAUUAUUGGAUAAAGUUUGGGGGGGGGGGGUUUCGAGAGGGUGUCGUGGCGUAUUGAGGGGGGGGUCCCCAAACGGUUGGUUUUAGUUGUAAACCGAUUCACGUGACACUCCUGAAAAAAACCAAAAUAAAAAACCAAAACAAUCGAACGAAAAGAGUCUAUUUUUUUUUUUUUUGGUAGUUAAUAUCACCGGAUUUUUUUCAAGGGAAAUAUGGUCGUUACCAGUGAGCUUGCGAGUCACUUUCUUAGAGAUUAAAUAUAUUUUUAUCUUGACGUCAUAAGGUAGUGUAUACUCUUUGAGCCAGACAGAAAAAUCUACUCAACUUACUUCCCUCAUAUUAUCCUAUUCAACUUCCGACAAAAUCACAUAUUUUUUAAAACAUUGAGCUCAAGCAAAUUAUGGGAUUGGAUAUAAUCAUUGGAUCGUAUGUUACAGUGACAUACAUACGAAUUUCUCUUUGGUUGGAUCUGUUAAAGAAUAUCUUUACAUUAUAUCAUGUAAUCGUAUCUUAUCUAAAUUUAUAUCAUAGAAAAAUAUUAUUUAAAUGGCUUUUUUUUUUUUGCUUUUACCCAACAGGAUCUGCCAAAGGAGAUACGGAAAAUGGCUGAUUUUCUCCAGAUAACUCUUGAUGACCAACUCGUGGAAGACAUCGCCACAGCUGCGGGGUUUGACGUCAUGAAGCAAGCUUACCAGAACUCCAACUCUGUCUCCAAGGAUCUUCUGCGCAAAGGUCGAAUCCAGUUAUUUUCCUAAUGAUGUCUAAAAUGUCUUAACCACUUUUAAAUGCAAACAAAAUAAAAAAAUAAAAAAGACUUUAAUCCUAAUCAACUUUCAACAAAUUCUACCAAAAUAUUCGAUAGUAAAAAAAAGAAAGAAGUUUUUUUUAUUAAGUUCAUCCGUUAAUUUUUCUCAGGCGGUGUAGGAGAUUGGAAGAAUUGGCUGACGGUGGCACAGAGUGAACGUAUUGACCUCUCCACGAACAUCUUAGAAGGGACUCCCUUCCAAACACCCAUAUAUACGUUGUGAUGAUCAUGGAGACUUGAAGUUAUGCAGUUACCACAGCGGUGUUGUUUUUGGGAGUAGGGGAAGGCUAUAGACAUUCACUAACAGGUACUAUCGAUGACUCUCGGGUGCCAUGGACUCGCAAACAACAACAACAACAACACCAACACUUUAUGAAAGAUUUACUUUGGGCGAAUCGCAUGCAUACAAAUAUAUGAUCACAUAUUCAUUAACACAUAUUAUGUACAAGAUAUCAUAAGACACGUAUCUAAAAAAAAUCUGUCAGGCAGAGAUCGCACAUCCCGUGACGUAAGUCAUGCUGUCGCUCCCAGAAACAGCCAGACUUUGGAGUCUUUCAAAACUGAUUUGAAGACUUGCUGGGGUGAUGUUGUGUAUCUAGCUAUUAUCUUUUAGAUGUAUAUUGGCCUGUGUGGUUAACGGUUGCAAGGUAUGAAAGACUUAGAAUGGGUAUUCUCGUAUGUAGUUUUUGUAAAGUUGCAUUUUGUACUUCAAUGAGGUAUGUACCGCGCUUCGAGCCUUGGGGAAGAAGCGUGAUUUCCAAAAAAUCUUUAUUAUGAUUAAUAAUUUUUGGCAUUAAUCAUUGGUAUUUCUAUACUUAAAGAAAGAGGACUACUUUAUAUUAUGAUUGAUGUUCUGUGUUCAUUGGGUUCUCGUGACUUAUUUAUGAUUUAAUAAAUAAUAUCUAUUAUUAUGACUUAAUAUAUAAUAAUUAUGACAUAAUAUAUACUAUUUCUUCUAGAAAUAAGUUUAAACAUUGUAAUUUGUGAAGAAAUUGAACUCGUUAAUUACAUGGAUUUUUCAUUUCAUUAAAUAUUUUAUUAAUAUAUUUAAAAAAAAUUAUUCGUUUUUCCAUGUUCCUUUUUGAAAUAUUUUAAUCUUUUUCCUGGCAAACAAUUUUUAUCGUAACCCAUUGACGGUUACUCCACUAACCUGUUUUG